AUGAUGGGUUUUGUAGUUGUUCAUAUUGGAGCAGGAUGUCAUAGUAAGAGCCAUGAAAAUCAGUAUAAAAGGCUUUGCAGAAGAGUCUGUGAAGAGGGUAUAAAAUUGAUUUAUCAAGGCGGCAAAGCAAUAGAAGUAGUAGAAAAAACAGUGCAAUUAUUAGAGACAAAUAAAUAUACAAAUGCAGGAUAUGGCUCUAAUCUUACGUUAAACGGAGAUGUUGAAUGUGAUGCAUCUAUUAUGGAUGGUUUUUCUGGAAAAAUAGCAGCAGUUGGAGCACUUAAAAAGAUAAAGCAUCCUAUUUCAGUAGCAAAAGCGCUUAUUGAUGCGCAAGAUGAAGUAUUAUCAUUGAAUAGGAGUCAACCAAUUAUCCUUGUAGGAGAAGGGGCGACAUUAUGGGCUACUCAGAAUGGAAUUCCAGAGGUUGAACCUGAAACACUUAUUUCACGAAAAUCUCGUAUUUCAUGGGAGAAAUGGACAAAAGAAUUAGAAUUGUGUAAAACUUUAGAUAUUAAUUUAGUUUCAGAUACAGUAGGAGUAAUUGUAGUUGAUAAGGAUGGAAUUUUAGCGGCAGGAUCAAGUUCAGGAGGGAUUGCUAUGAAAUAUCCAGGGAGACUUGGAUUAGCAGCAAUACCAUUAGCAGGAACGUGGGUUGAAAUGAAUGAAAAUGGAACAGGUGUAGCAGUAAUAUGUUCAGGUUCAGGUGAACAAAUUAUUGCUACUAGUCUUGCAAAAAAAUGCUGCGAAAGAAUUCUUAUGGGAAAAGAUUUAUUAAAAUCAGUAAAAAAUUGCAUCAAAAAAGAUUUUCUAUCAUCACGAAUAAUUCAAGGACAUACUCCUUUUGCUGGUUUAGUUGCCGUAAAAGUUGAAUUAUUACAAAAUACGUAUAUGAUAGACUUUCUUUUUGCCCAUUCUACACCAUCAAUGGGAGUCGGGUAUAUGUUUUCCAACGACACUAAAUCAAAGGCAGAAAUCUCUGAAAAUGAGAAAUCACCUAAUUCAUUCGUUUAUUCCGGAAAUUCGAAAUCAUUUGUAUAA